GUGAAGAUCUAUCUUCACGUUAUGCUUUAAUUACUAUGUAGCUUCAUAUAAAAUGAGUGAUUCAGAGCAAGUGAAUUCAAUAGUCAAGUAAAAGUCUUCCUUAUUGUGACUUGCACUUCGCAAUCAUGUCAGGAUUAUUCGGCGUUUUUUGCAGCUUGCUGCUUCUCAGCGCUCUGGAAUUCACACCAUCAGAAUCUUUGGCUCACCGUCAAACUCGUCAGACACCUGAUUUGAACGAGGGGAUGGAUGUUUUAAAUGAAAUGGCUGAAGCCACUAUCUCCGUAUCUGAAACUGAUAUGUUCGCUAAAGUUUCUGAGAUAGCCAACGAGUUCAUAAAAAAAGAUCAAGAAAUGGGGGACCAAUUCAUGAAACCUAGACGUCGCCGUGAUACUCAAUCUCAAGAAUUAAAUUUACACCGCGUUGCUCGUCAAAUUCCUGGCUUUGAUCAAGCAAUUUCAACAAUGAAAUCUGGAGCUGAAACAUUUGUUCAAACUGGCUCAAGUAUAAUCCAAAAAGUACCUGAAGUAGCUAGCGAAUUUAUGAAUAAAGCUCAACAAAUGGGGUCACAGUUCAUGAAUCCUGGCCGACGUCGUCGUAGCCCGGAACCUAAAGCAUCAAGAAGUCGACGUUGCAACAGUAGAAUGACUACCGCUGCUACACCUCGAUAAUUUUUUUUGCAAGGAAAAAAAACAUUAAUUAUUUGUUAAUUAAAAAAAGAUGUAUCGGUUCUAUUGCGUAAAAUAAAU